AUGGCCAAGAAGAGAGCAGUAAGGACCCUCAUUACCGAAACAAAUCAGGGCGAGGUACCACAAGCUGGCCAAACACAAGGGGCCAUGGUAGCCCUUCCAACCGCCCAACCUUCAUCAUCUCGGCCCAGCAAGCGUGCUCGGACUUCCACAACCGAGCCACGCCUUGUUGACAAGGAUGAAACCUUGCUUCCCCAAACCACACCUCCGAGCCCACAACCUGAGCGCUCUGACCGAGCUAGCUCCUCUGAGUGGAUACCAAAGAUUACCUACAACAACCACGCUAUUACUAGCAUUGAUUCAGUAGUGGCAAACAAAGACCAUAAGCUCACUUUUAACCUGGCUAAGAGCAUGUGUUUGCCUUCUGACAUGGAGCAUCAUGACCAUUUGACCGAGCUCAAGGCCAUCCGGUCGGCGACAAAGUCAAUGGUGCUGGCCAUGCAAAAGAACCACAUCUCUCAUAAGCGCGUGCUGGAGCUGCGUAAGAUAGCGCAGCUUGCUGUAGCAAACGCCAAUGCUAAAACGGUCGAGUUGAAUGAAGCCAAGCAAAAAAUUGCCGAGCUUGAAUCUGACAAUGCCCGACUUACCGAACUAGUUAACGCAGUGGAAGCGGAUAAACAGAAAGCUCUGGCCGAGCUGAAAGACCGCUAUUUGCACGAACUAACCAAGCUUGAAAAGAAAAAAGAUGCCGAGAUUGCCGAACUAAAAAAGAGCGCGGACGAUGCUGAAGAUCACAGCUACAGAGAAGGGGAAGCCACCUACAUCCUGCAAUGUGAAGCUGCCAAGGACAUAUUUUUCAAAUGCGGAUGGAAGGCAGCCAUGUCAAAGCUCGGUUAUGGCCAAGAAACCGAGGUCUUUCAGAACCCUCCUCCCCACUUCAUUCCGAGUUAUAUGGCAGACUACGCCAAUGCCAUUCAGCAAAAACUUCUUCAAGUAGGGGAGAAAGAGAAGGCAUCUCUAGAGCCCAACAACACCCCUGUUGCUACCAUUGAUCCCGGUCUCCAAACUGCCCAGUCAGCUCAGGUGGAACCAUCAGUGCCCAUUACGAUUGAAGAUGUGGCUGUGACCGACCUUCCUGCUGGAACCAGGCUACUGAGUGGUGAAGCUCGGGUUGUUUUGGAUGCAGAUUUGGAUGAUCUUUUUGCCUGA